AUGCAGGGCCACCUUUCAGAAAGAUCUGGUGUUUUGACAUCUGACUUUUUGACAGCAGAGCCAAUUCUGAAUUUUUCACACUGCUCUGCCAGUGCCACUACUUGCAAUGGCACCUCCUGUGUGCUGCCUACUGAUGACUUUAAUAAAGUUUUGAAUGUCAUUUUAAGUACUGUACUAACAAUCAUGUUGGCACUAGUGAUGUUCUCUAUGGGCUGCAACGUGGAGCUAAAUAAAUUUUUAGGACACAUUAAAAGGCCAUGGGGCAUAAUGGUAGGUUUCCUCUGCCAGUUUGGAAUUAUGCCUCUCACUGGCUUUGUGCUAUCACUUGCCUUCAAUGUGCUUCCUAUACAAGCUGUCGCAGUGAUCAUCAUGGGGUGCUGUCCCGGCGGAACGGCUUCUAAUAUUUUAGCCUACUGGGUGGAUGGUGACAUGGACCUAAGUGUCAGCAUGACAACUUGUUCAACCCUGCUGGCCAUGGGAAUGAUGCCACUUUGUCUCUUGCUUUAUACCAAAAUUUGGACAGACUACAACUCCAUUUUAAUCCCAUAUGACAGUAUUGGCAUUGCACUGGUAGCGCUGGUCAUUCCUGCUUCCUUUGGAAUAUUUUUUAAGCAUCGAUGGCCCACAAAAGCGAAAAUCGUACUCAAGGUCGGUUCCAUCGGUGGAGCAGUUCUUAUAGUGCUCAUAGCUGUGGUUGGAGGAAUAUUGUAUCAGGGCUCCUGGACAAUCAGUCCUCAACUCUGGAUUGUUGGAACCCUCUUCCCUUUCGCUGGCUAUUCACUUGGCUUUUUUCUGGCUCGCAUAGCUGGCCAGCCCUGGCACAGAUGUCGUACAGUGGCUCUGGAAACGGGGAUGCAGAACACUCAGCUAUGUACAACGAUAGUGCAGCUCUCAUUCAGCCCAGAGCAAUUGGAACUGAUGUUUACUUUCCCACUCAUCUACAGUAUUUUCCAGCUAGCAUUUGCAGCAAUAUUUUUGGGAGUCUACCAGGUGCACAAAAAGUAUUUUGCUGAUCGAAAGACAGACUUGGCAGACAAAGGAAAUGAAUAUGAGCCUGAACCAAUGCCAGCGCCGACAUACAACAUGAUGAAUGGAGGAUUUACUUUGGAGGAGGAAAGAGCAGAGAACCAUGUGUCAGUGAGUGCGAAUAGGGAAGUAUAG